AUGGGUUCGGAAGCACACUUUGCAGCAGCCUCCAUUCUGAAGUUUGACGGCGACUACGAUCACUGGAGUAUGGUCACGGAGAAUCUCCUUCGAUCCAAGGAGUAUUGGGUAGCUGUUGAAUCAGGCUACACAGAGCCGAAGAGCAUGGAUGGGAUGACGGCAGCGCAAAUAAAGAACUUGGAGGAGAUAAAGCUGAAGGAGUUGAAGGCUAAGAAUUACUUGUUUCAGUCGCUAGACAAGUCAAUUCUUAAGACGAUCACUCAAAAGGAGACAUCUAAACAACUUUGGGAUUCCAUGAAGUUAAAGUGUCAAGGAAAUACUCGAGUGAAGAGAGCUCAGCUCAAUCGUCUACGCCGAGACUUUGAGGUCUUAGCAAUGAAGCAGGGUGAAUCAAUCACUGAUUAUUUUGGUCGAGUAAUGACGGUUGCAAACGACAUGAGGAAUUAUGGGGAAGAUGUGGAUGAUGUCAAGAUCGUUGAGAAGAUUUUGAGAACCCUAAAUGAUAAGUGGAACUACAUUGUUUGCUCCAUUGAGGAAGCCAAGGACAUAGAUCAACUAUCUGUAGAUGCCUUGCAAAGUUCUCUGCUCGUUCAUGAGCAAAAGUUCAAAGUAAGUGGAGAAGAUGAACAUGCUUUGAAGGUAACUCAUGAAGAGAAAUAUGGUGGAAGAGGACGAGGAAGAGUUGUUUUUCGAGGAGGUCGGGGACAAGGCAGAGGCAGGGCUAGCUAA